ACUGCUGAGGCCGGGGCCAGGCUGUGAAGAUGAAGCUGUUCAGCGCCAUCCCUUGGGCCUUGCUGCUCAGCACAGCCACACUGGAUUCAACUGAUGGGCUUCCCUUUAAAGAUAAAAAUUUGUGUGGGGGCUUUUAUGAAGAGGAAUUUGGAGUGAUCCUCCCCUAUCUGGGACAGCACACGGAAUGCCUCUGGAUCAUCAACAUGGACCCAGGUUACAAAGUUCUUUUGGAAGUACGCCAUCUCUACCUCAACUGUGAUAAAGAGUCUCUGGAGAUUAUAGAUGGGCCACCAGAAUCUUCUAGCUCAUGGAAGAUUUGUGAAACUUCGUACAUGGAAUACAACUCUUCUACCAAUAUCAUGACCAUCAAAUACACAAGAAAGCCCAACCACCCUGUCUCUGUCUUCUUAUUACUUUUCCACCGUGUGCUUUAGGGUUGGUUUUAGACAGCAGAGACCUGCUGCUCUGCCCCAUCCCUGUCCGUGAAUGGCUCCACGGGAGCUAGGUGUGUGGUACUUAUGUGACUGUUGAAAUAAACUUGUCCAUCACGGGGUGAGUGACAGGCAGGGUGACCCACUGAAGCUCUCCAGAAUCAUCCACCAGUUCUAUCUCAGCUUUUCUACAAACCCCGGGUUUUUGAAUUGGAAAGUCCUGAUAUGAAAAUUCUUUUACAAAUUUUAUUUUUCAUCUCGAUGAUGUGAAAAUUUCCUCCCAAAUGUAAAAUUUCCCUUCUUGAUCUUUUUAAAAUCCCUUUGGCAUUUUCCAAUAAAUUUAUUUUAAAUUUGAGG